AUGGGAGGGGAGCACCGCCGCACCCGUCCCUCCCUCCGGUCGACGAGUGGGAGGAUCACCCUAGAUGAUGAAAAGAUCGAAUACAUUGAGACCUGCCUCAAGAUAGCCACCAAACUGAAACAGAUUGCAACGAGCGCAUUCAAAGAGGGUAACUUCGAGGUGGCAGCCAAGAAAUAUAUCAAAGCUGUUGCUUAUCUAGACACUCAUACGGUCUUACCCGAUGGCUGCAAGGACGAGGAGAUCGAGAGUUACACGUCCCUACGGGUUACUAUCCUUUUGAACGCUGGUCUGGCUUCGAUCAAAGCUGCCAGCCAACCCGGGGUAUCCCCCCCAGUGGCCAAGAAGCACGCCCGAGCUGCGAUGAAGUACUGUAGCAGGGUCUUGGACAUGCACCACUCGGCUGAACAGCCACUCCAAAAGUCUAAGCAGGGCUUGAUCGGAUGUUACAAGGAGCUAACUAAUGAUGAACGAGCAAAGGCACUCUAUCGACGGGCAUUAGCUGGGGUGAUUGUCGAAGAGACUGAUGUCAGUUUGAAAGAUCUGACCGAGGCCCAUAGACUGGUACCCGCCGAUCAGGCUAUCAAGAAGGAACUCGAGCGAGUCCGACUUCAGAUUGAUAACCAACGGAAGAAGGAGAGAGCAGCAUUUGGGAAGAUGUUUGGUUGA